AUGCCGGAAAACGACGGAUGCGCGGCGAGAAUACAAGAUGGCUUAGAUCCAUACAUCAAAUCUCGCGACCAAGUCAACUAUAUCCGGCGUAUUCUGGCCGCGCACAUCGGUGAAUGCAUACAGGGCAGUCCCCUCACGUCGGCGCUAGCCUUGGCAAACACACGCGAUGGCGAAGACACUGUCAAAACAGACAAUACACCGGCCAACACCAUAUAUAGGGAAUACCUAGAGGCCCUGAAGGAAAAUAUAGCUGCACGGAAGGAGUUUGAGGCGGCUCGAGACUAUGCAGCCCCAGAUCCGCGCACGGAGGCGUCGGUGGCUGGAACACACACCGCGGCGGACCUCAACGAGCGAGUGGCCCUACUGAAGCUAGACCAAAAGCGCGACCGCCUCUACGCGGUGCAAGAAACUCUCGACACGUUAUUGGAACAACCGGCGGCGGACCACGAGUUCCUAAACACCGACCGCAUGUUUCAUGGGACGCCUGCCCUGCCGCCGGUGCCCAGGGACGUCAUCAACACCAUGGUCAUCGAGCAGAGCUCGUCGCCGCUUGAUAUUCCCGGGCAAAUCAGCCAGCUAGAAAAGGUGGUCUUGCGGGCGAAGCUGCUCCUCAAGCGGGAGGAGCAGCAGCUGCAGGAAGCGGGACAACGCGUGCGUCGUGCGCCGCAGCCGCCGAGCCAAGCGGCAAGGCUCGCGGCGCUGGGCGCGACGCGAGACGAACUCAUCCACUGGAUCGAAACAGAGCUUGGAAAGGCGUCACCCGAGGCGCAGCCUGGCGAGGACGGCGACGGCUCGUCGGAAAGGGGGCCGGACACGACAGACCCUGCCGCCAUUCAGGCACAGUUGAGUGGGAUCAAAGAAAAGUACGCCCUCUACGUCUCCGCGAGGAGGGUUCUGUUGGAAAUGGCCGCAAGCGGGCCACAAUACCUUCCAGCACCAUCUCGGAGUAUCCAAUCUACGAAGAGAACGAGUUACGCGCCAGCCGCACCGCCCCCGCCAAUGGACCAUCUCGUGGCGCCGUACCUGGCCUCUCUGGUCGAUACCUCGGCGAAUCACAAAGCCACAGUGGCCUAUCGGACGCACAUGUCCGCUCUCCUCCAUAAGACGGCCCAAGAAAACAGCCGCCACAUUAGCAAGCUGGCCGAGGACAGCCACCUGCUGGCCACAUUCCCUCAGGGAGAGGUCACCCGCCACCGGUCGGGUACUGAUUCGACGUCGCAGAUCAGCAUCACCCGCCUGGUGAAGCCGUGGGUGGACGCCGCCGACGCCGCAAAGAUGGCCACGCUGGAAACCGUGGCAGAGACGGUUGAGGGCGGCCAGAUUGCCCUCGAGGGGUUGAUGAGCACAUUGCACGGCAUCGGCAAAAUUAGUGGAAAGAACAUGCUGGGCGGUGAGGACAACGCCGGCGAAGAAGAUAUGUGGCUUGGUGAAGAGACGCCGAGAGCUCGAAAACAUACGAGGAAAGGGAGCAAGGCGCAAUCGCAAAGCUCGACGGACCCGUGGUCGAAAGUACGAGGAAAUCUAGGCCUGCUGGGCCAAGAUGGACCAUGA